GAGUCAAUGUAGAACAAAUUGAAAGCACAAAUGGUUAGGAAAUUGCGGUAAUGUCCAAUAUCAUCCAAUUGACUUGAAAAUUCUUCACCUAAGAAAAUUCCUCCCAUUUCCUCCAAACUCACACCUACAAAAUUAAACACACAAACAAAAUCAAUUCAAUUCCAUCUCCAAAUUUCCAAUCCCCAAUUUCUCCGAUCCGAUCAAAUCUCAAUCGGAUCUCGAAAUUCCAUCAAUGGCGAUCCACAAUCACUCCACCUUUCUCACCUCCAUCUUCCUCAUCUCCCUCCUCUCUCUCUCCUCCGCCGAAAUCCGCUCCACAAAGGUCAAAUCCGACAAUCGCCCAAUCAUUCCCAUCGACGAAUUCGGCUUCACUCAUACGGGUCGUCUCGAACUAAACGUCACCGGAAUCAAACUAUCCACCCGCAACAAUCUAGAUCUUUCCAAAUUAGGGUUCUUCCUUUGUACACGAGAUUCAUGGCUUCAUGUCUUAGAACAACUCGAAGAAUCCGAAAUUUCUUGUGCCCUAGAUUCAAAUCUCGUCAAAAAGGUAUACACCUUUAAUUCUCUUCCGGGUACUAGCUCCGAUUCAUUCGGGUCACUUUUCGUUGAAACGGAUUCUGAUCAAUAUACGCUUGUUUUCGCCAAUUGUUACCCGGAAAAUCUUCUCGUUUCUAUGAAUAUCCGUUCCGCAAUGUAUAAUUUGGAUGGUAAAUCUCGAACUCGUGAUUAUCUCUCUGCGGGUCGGACUAUUUUACCCCGGAUUUACUUCUUUUUCUCGGUGAUUUACUUUGCAAUGAGUGUGUUUUGGGUGUUUGUGUUGUACAAGAAAAGAUUGACUGUUUUUCGGAUUCAUUUCUUUAUGCUUGCUGUUGUGAUUAUGAAAGCGUUGAAUCUUUUAUGUGAAGCUGAGGAUAAAUCGUAUAUAAAAAGAACAGGGAGUGCACAUGGUUGGGAUGUGAUUUUUUACAUCUUUAGUUUUUUGAAAGGAAUUACUCUGUUUACUUUGAUUGUUUUGAUUGGAACUGGUUGGUCUUUCUUGAAGCCGUAUUUGCAAGACCGCGAAAAGAAGGUUCUUAUGAUUGUGAUUCCAUUACAAGUGGUGGCGAAUAUUGCACAGGUUGUGAUUGAUGAAACUAGUCCGUUUAACCAGGAUUGGGUUACAUGGAAACAAGUGUUUCUCUUGGUGGAUGUGAUAUGUUGUUGUGCUGUUCUUUUCCCUAUUGUUUGGUCUAUUAAGAAUCUCAGGGAGUCGGCUAGGACGGAUGGGAAAGCCGCGGUGAAUCUCAUGAAGCUGACUUUGUUUAGGCACUACUACAUUGUGGUUAUAUGUUAUAUUUAUUUCACUAGGGUGGUGGUUUAUGCACUUGAGACAAUUACCUCGUAUAGGUAUUUGUGGACUAGUGUUGUUGCAGCUGAGUUGGCUACCUUAGCGUUCUAUGUCUUUACUGGGUACAAGUUUAGGCCUGAGGCUCAUAAUCCUUACUUUGCAAUUGAUGAUGAGGAGGAAGAAGCCGCCAUUGAGCAAUUGAAGCUUGAGGACGAGUUCGAACUCUGAUUGAUCAAUUGAUUGAGCACGUAAAAAUGUUUGAAUUCGCAGUCCAAGGUAUAGUGAUCCAAUCCAAUUGCAAACCCGUUAAACUAGAGUUGGUUAUUGAUGUGAAUCUUUGUUCCUUCAGUGUAGAUGAACGUAAAGCAUAGUGAUUUUCCUCCUUUACCCCAACCCCCCCAUAGUUAAAUAUGUUUAGGUAUUACUCAUCGUCCAUUCAUGGUGUUAUGGACGUUUCAACUUUGCUUUGUUCAGCUUAAAGAAUACUAUCUUACAUAAAUGUCAUAAGCACAUUGUAAUUCGGCACCAGUUUGCCUUGAGAUGUUAAGAUUUUGUUAGUCUUGUUUAUGAAAUGCUAGGAGUUAUUUGUUGAGUAAA